AUGCGCCGUCCGCCCAUUGCCUGCCGCCGAGCAGUGCAAUCGCUCCAAUCCCCCUCUCCUCAGCACAUAUGGAUCUCCGACAACCUCCUCACUGAUGCCAUUGGUCGAUUUUUCCCCAGUUCGUGCCCGCAACAGAAGCGCCAUGGCAGCCAUGUUCCGGGACCAUUGGAGGCCAGGAGGAGGGCAGCAAAACGCCGGAUGACCGUCUCAGCCAACUUCUAUCCCCAGGAAAACUUUUCGCCGCUGUUCAGUCUCGGUGCGCUCUUCGGCUUCCGCAAAGACACUCAACCCACUUGGAGAUAUGAAGCGCCGUCUCUACAAAACUACGUAGAGCCAUUGGACACAUUAGCUCCUCAUGUUCCAAGCUUGCCAAUAGCACAAUCCGACGAAAUAUCUACUGAACAUGCACCGUCUACAACUAGCGCAUUCCCAUUCGGCGCACCGUAUCCCUUCUCGCAGAACAAUACGCAGACCAAACUGCAGGGCAGAGUAGGCCGGCUAGGAGGAAUCAGCACAGAUGCUGUGACCGCGGAGACGCAUUUCAACAAUUUCGCGACACAGAUUUCAAACGCAGAAGCUCUGUCCACGGCCGAACGCUGUCGAUCCUCACAUCAGGCCUGGAUAUCAUGUCGACCAGCUGACAGUAACGCUUGGGCCUACAACGUUAUGGUGGUCAAGCACCUGACAAGCAUUCGCUGGGAUCCUACCCGCAUCCUUUCCAACCUCAAGUUCUUCGAUGUCCCUCCCACCUAUACGCCUGAAAGUCUUGACUUCCUAAGGUGCCUCGAGGCUUCUGGUGCACAUCAUGCUCCUCGGGUCUAUCACCGCCUAUAUGUCAAGAUGGUUAGAGCAGCCACUUCUGCUGCAGCUUCAACAAGUUCAUCACAGGAUACCGAGCUACUCACGUUAGUUCGAUUAACCUAUCAGAGCUGUUUACGCAGCACAAAAGCCAUACAAGGCGUUGUAGACGACUUGCGUAUACUUGCAAACAAGAUUGAGGCACCUGCCAUUAAGAAAUCGCUGCUUUCUGAACUGGCUGGCAGCAAUAACGCAGCCCAAAGUAUCAAGGUUUUAGUCGCAAGCGCUGCUCAAGGCCAUUCUCCUUGUGCGUUUGUUGAGGAGAUGCUCCUUUUCUUGCCUAAAGAGGAGCUUCGACUACAACUCCCACCAAUCACGCGGUCUCUCGUCGAAGCCGUUGAGCGGAAAAGCCGGCUGCCAGUUGAGACAUGUUGGUACCGUCUUAAUGUGUGGCUGGCUGUCCUCGAAAACCUCGAUAACAGAUUCAAUGUUCGCUACACUGAUACCGGUUAUAUGAACGCCGCCUUUGUGGAAGUGGUUGAGCAUGCAUUCAAGAGCAAUAAUUCGAGCGUAGUGCGACUGCACACAGUGCUCUAUGCUCUCGUAUUUCGAAUGGCACAACGGCAACCCGAGUUUGCCAAACACAAGGAAAGCUUGUGGCGGGUUGUCAGUGCCUCUGCUGUCUCUGCGCUAGAACAACAAGGCACGGUACAAAUCGAGGAGGAUGUAGUGAUGAUCUUCUCGCACAUGCGUAGAGUCUCUCUGCCAUAUGAGCCAAUAUUGCGCAUUGCUGCUAAUCUUUUCGCAUCGCAUGCCAAUCUAUACUCCAUGCACAGAUUCCUCAUUGCCCUGGAGAAGAAUGAAUUUCUACUGGACAGAGUAUCGAGCAUGAAAACUCGCAUUACUGCAGAACUGUCUUUGCUUCGACAACACAUAAACGCUCAGACGCUCGACCGAAGUGGACACCACGCCUUCGCGUUACAAAUAUGUCAGGAUAUACUCAAUUCUCUAAGAAGGAUCGCUGAACCAAGCGUCUCGAUUGAAGGCGUCAACAUCGAAAAACAGACAAAAGAGGAUAUCAAGAAGGAGAUCAAAACCCUGAAAGCCAGUAGGGAUUUUACUGCAAUCCUUGACUCCGCUUCGAACGAUCACGCUCUGCCACAAAUUUAUGCGAACCUUACCAACAACAUCGCACCCUCUCAACGUACAGUCCUUAUACAUCAAUUAGCUCACCACUACUCCAUCGAUGCCACUCGAUCGCAGCGGGCGACUUGGCGUUCCAUCUACACUCUUUACAACUACCUCAAGUCGUACUCUUUGCCAAUCGGUCCUCUGUUUACCAAAGCCGUAGUCCGAGCCGCCAUCAUUCGACCUAUGAUGGAGCAUAGAUUCAUUAGCGCGAGGAGAUUGAUCUGGGUAUGUCAGUUGGUUGCUAGGGUCGAAGGUGUGAGUGUAGCAAAGCAGAUUGAGAAUCUUUUUUGGCGCUGGAGAGGUGACGUGAUCGCGCAUGCCAAGCAAGUGCAUGUGGCCGCUCGUGGUGAUCGUAAGGCGAAGGCCAUGGUGAGCGUGUUGAAACAGCUGAACAUGCUGGGGCCAGGGGGAAGUUAG